AUGUCCAUGCCUCCAUUUUUUGAUAAAAAAAACUAUGGCUUAAAGCUGAGCCUAACCCUCUCUUCCUUAAUGGCAACACUGCUUCAUAACCAAUUAGGGACCAUUGUUUUCAGUGCUUAUAAUUAAUAACUAAUUAAACUAUCUAAUCACAAAAACUAAUGCCACCCAUAACUGGCAACACCCCAUAAUUAAUAAGCCUGCUGAUAAGCUAAACUACAGCCUGCCUGUGGGUACAGCAUAAAUGCAUUAACCCCCAUAUCUUCACAACUAGUCAAGCAUGUGUAUCCAUGUGUCCAUCACUGCAUGAAAACCUCCACUCUUUCUUGACCCUUUAAAAUUCCUACUCUCUCCUCCAUUUUGCUCCCUUCAGAGAGAGAGAGAGAGAUUGGGAGCAUUUUCUGUAGCUAGGCUCUCUCUUGGGUUUCUGUAUCCUAUCCCUCCUUCCUCUCCAAAAGUAAGAGCUGGAGAGGGAAACAAUUCAAGCCCACAUCAAAUAAUAAAAACACACAAAAAAAAUGGAUGUCUAUGGAGGAGUCUCCACCAGCGCACCUGAUUAUUUUCUCAUUGAUGACCUUCUAGACUUCUCUAAUGAUGACCUACUCGCCUCCUCCACCGAGCACCACCACCUUCCUCCACCUGAAACCUCCUCCAUCCGCCACCACCACCGCCACUUCCCUUCUCCCACCACCUAUAUUAAUAACACUUCUUCUCUCUCCACUGACUUCACUGACCAUCUCUCAGUCCCAAGUGAUGACGUGGCAGAUCUGGAGUGGCUAUCGCAGUUCAUGGAGGACUCGUUCACGGACUUUCCGAGCACCAUUAAUAUCCCAACCGACACGUCGUCUCGCAACAAAUCUUGUAGCGAACGUUCACGAACCACCACCACCGCGACAUCCUCCUCGGCAGAUAUCGAGACUGCGGUGGCCAGGGAAUCGAGACUGGAGAAGGAAAAUAACGGAGCGCCACAUUCUUCUGCGGAGACGGAAGGAGGAGCGCGGAGGUGCAGUCACUGCGCGUCGGAGAAGACGCCGCAGUGGAGGACGGGUCCGCUGGGCCCGAAAACGCUAUGUAAUGCUUGUGGAGUAAGGUACAAGUCGGGUCGGCUCGUACCAGAAUACCGACCCGCAGCGAGCCCGACUUUUGUGCUGACUCAGCAUUCGAACUCGCACCGUAAAGUUUUGGAGCUCCGGAGACAGAAAGAGAUGACGUUGAGGCAGCAGCAACAGCACGGCUAUCAAGGUUAUGAAGUUUGCUAAUGUGUAAUGAUCUUAGCGGUUAAGGAGUCAGUAGUACAGUAACUGGUGGUUAUUUUAUCAAAUUCCCUUUUUUUAUUGCUAAAAAACCCUGGAACAAGGGGAUCAGUAGUGCAGCCUGUUAGUAAUUGAAUUUUGGCUUUAAUUUCUUUCGAAGACAUGAUUCCGGGUUUAAAGUUUUAACGAUCACGCAUCAAGGCAGCUUGACUCCGACGUAUAAGAACAACACUUCAGUAAUUUUAAACAUCUAUCUGUAAAAGAAAACGCCG